UGGUGUUUUUUGCAGUGUUUUGCUGAAAAAUUUUCCGGCAUAAAAAAAUCAAAAUUUCCUGUUUUUCUUCUGAUUGGAAAAGUUUUUUUUAGCAUGGCCCAUGUUAGCAACCUGUCUAUUGCCGUAAUAUGCUCCUCCAACAUGAAUCGCUCAAUGGAAGCUCAUGGAUAUCUGGCGAAAAAGCAAUUCAAAGUGAGAUCCUUCGGGACAGGUGAUAAAGUUAAAUUACCCGGCACAGCAGCUGAUAAGCCAAAUGUUUAUGAUUUCGGUGUCCCGUAUGAUGAUAUCUACACUGAUCUAUGCAACAAGGAUAAGCAGUACUACACACAGAAUGGUCUCCUCCACAUGCUGGACCGAAAUAGAAGGAUAAAAACAGCCGCUGAGAAGUUCCAGCUUUGCAAUGAACACUUCGACAUAAUUGUUACAGCAGAGGAGCGAGUCUACGAUCAGGUUAUAGAAUUUAUGGAAUCCCGGAUGCCCAUCCACAACCAACCAGUACAUGUAAUAAACAUCGACAUUCAGGAUAAUCACGAAGAUGCCACCAUUGGGGCUUUCCUCAUUUGUGAUAUGGUCACGCAGAUGGCUCAAAGUGAGGACCUGGACAAUGAGGUGGAUGAGAUUCUUCAUGAUUUUGAAAUGAAGGUCGGCCGGCCCGUUUUGCAUUGCGUGUUGUUCUAUUGAAUGAUUUUGUCAAAAAUUUUAUAUAGCAGAUUACAUAAAUUUCAUUAUAGGAAACAACUAUUAAUUAAAUAAAAAAAAUCAUUAAUCAGGAAAUUAUAAUAAAUUAUUAAGAGAAAUUGUAAAAAAAAAU